ACCAUGGCGGCGCCCGGUGAGACUCUAAACUGUGAGGACUUUUCAAUGUUUCAGGAGGUGUUAAAAGCAAUGCGUACUAUUGACGACAGGAUCGUUCACGCUCUCAACACCACUGUUCCCACUGCAUCCUUCUCCGGCAAAGUGGACGCCACUCAGACCUGCAAAAAGCUCUACGAGUCUCUGAUGGAGGCUCAUCGGAGUAGAGAUAAAGCAAUAAAGACGUGUAUCCUGGAAACAUCAGAGGUGGUCGGGCGGUUACGUAAAGAGAGGGUGAAGGACAACGAUGACCUGUCAGUCAUUAAACAACUUAGGAAAGAACAAACCAAGUUAAAACUCAUGCAGUCUGAGCUGAACGUUGAAGAAGUCGUGAACGAUCGCAGUCUAAAGGUUUUCAAUGAAAGGUGUCGAAUCCACUACAUCCCUCCUAAGAUCAAGUAAACCUUCAUGCCUCCUGUGAGAUGUGUAUAUCCAUGGCUGAGAAUCACAGCCUGAGCCGAUCUAGGACGCUGCCCCGUUACACACGGUGCCCCAAAUCUCCCGACCUGACCGUGUUUGUUUGUUCUGCCGAUGCUCUACAUACAGCUGUUGUACAAACUGGUUUUAUAAAGAAUUGAUUUUUUUCAGUGGCCACCAUGUGUUGAGUGCUGCUCUCUCAGUGCUGGUUUACAGAACAACCUGAAUUAAAGGUCAGGUAAGACCUGUGAUUGUGUGUAUGUGUGUGGGGUUUGUACUGAUAAUCAGUGUGUGUAGAUUUCUCUUUUGUAUAGAUGUUGGAUGUCAUGAAGCUCUACUUAUGCAAGAGGUUCAAAGUGCAAAACCUGCUUCUAACUCGGAGUAAUAAAUAAAUCCUCCCAUGCAUGCAGGGUGAUAGAACUUGCUCAUAUGUUGGAGCAGGGGUGUGGCUGUAGGUUUUUAAUACCAACCAGACAGGAGCUUCAUCUGUUUUAA